CGACCGCGGACAGACAGAAGCAAGUGGACCGGUUUGAAGCUAAGCUAAUUCAGUCAUAUUACAGCUACUUAAUUUAGAUUUUUGCAUUGGUUCUGUUCGUAGCACAUGCGUGUAUCUGUUUUCGAAAAAAUCAAAGCUACUUGUCAGUAUUGUAGCUAUUAGGCUAAGAAGCAAAACUGGGUAUUUAUUUUGGUAAAUCGUUUCUGUCCUGCUAGCUGAAUUGGCAGCGGGUAGGCGCCAGUCGUGUUUGACAACAGCGCUAUUCGGUCACGUUCCCGGUGUUGUUGUUUCUAGCUGCUGAGUGAACGCGCUAAUUUCCGUUGGGUGUAAGCGGCAAAAAGGAAAGCUAGAUAGCUAGAAUAAAGUUAAACAUGGCAGAAUUCCUCGAAGAUCCGUCGGUUCUCACCAAAGAUAAGCUGAAGAAUGAGCUUACGGCCAACAAUGUGCCACUUCCUAGCGGAGAGCAUAAAAAAGAAGUGUAUGUGCAGCUGUAUCUGAAAAACUUAACCAUACUGAACAACAAGAAGAGUCCACCUGCAGACACCUUCUCCAGCGACGAAGAGUUACCUGCUCCCGUGGUAUCCAACAGAAGUCGAUCCGGAAGAAAAGCUACUAAAAAGACAGACAAGCCUCGCUCAGACGAAGUGGAGGUGACAGAUCUCACGGAUGAAGAUUUAAAACAACAGCUGGCAAAACAUGGUGUGGACUCAGGACCCAUUGUUGCAUCCACCCGCAAGCUGUAUGAGAAGAAGCUGCAGAAGCUUUUGGACCAGCCUCCUGCUGAACCUGAACCUCCUACAGACGUCACGGCUCUCCCCAAGGCAGACAGUAACCAGAAUGGCAACACAAAUUCUGACCAGUACAGCGACAAGGAGGAUGAGGAGAUUGCUGUCCCUGAACCAGAGCCAGUUCCUGUGGUAGAGAAGCCUGUGAGGAGCAGAGGGAAAACCCCAGUUACCGUCAGAACCAGCAGCAGACGACAAACUAAGGUGGUGGAGGAAAUUACUGAAGAAACACCUAAGAAGGCCAGCGAGAGUGUUGUUGAAGAUAUCCUUGCCAAUGAAAUAAGCACGCCAACAGGCAUCAGUGCGACCUGCAGGCGUCCUAUCCGAGGUGCAGCUGGUAGACCACUAAAGCCAAGUGAAUACUGGCUUGAUGAGUCUCGUGUGCAGCGCACCGUCCACACUGAGAGCCGCUCGUACUCAGAGUCUUUCUCCAGAGUGGGCAGCACCGUGUCUUCAAACAAAGCACCAGCCCAACGAAGCUUCCUCUCUUUGUUGUUCAAGCUCCUGCUCCUUGUUGUGGUGGCCGUUUCUCUCUACUAUGCCUACCAGAACCUGGAUGCCGAUCAAAUCAACACCCUCAAAGGUCUCCGGGACAGCAUCAUUGUCCCCCUUCAGGGCGUUGUGAACAACGCAGCCACCUACCUGGGCAUCAGCAGCAGCGAUGCUACAGAGAGCACCGGCAAGUAAAAGACCCCCAGCAGUCUCUAACAAUGCCCAUGCCACCUGCCACAACAUACCACAACUCAAGCAGUAAACUUGGCUCACCUCUUCUUUUUACCAAUAUGGUUGGACAAAGGACUCAGAUGUAAUUGGAACGAUAAACUUUCUCCUCUCCUGACUCCAGCUUUCCUCCCACCACAGGAGGAAACAGUAGCUUCUGGAUAACACUGUUUUGUGGCUGUCAGAAGAGACUCAUUUUAAUGUUGAUUUUAAUCUGUGAAUUGUUUUGUGUCUUUGUGUGUAUUAACCUUUGUAGAAACGAGUGCAGAAUGGAGAGGCCAGGUUAUCGAUGCAUGGUUGUAGUUUUUGAAGGCGAUACUGUAGUUUCUAACUCUGUGCCAGGUGUUUUUCUGAUGGUGAAGUGCCUGGACACUGUUAGCACUUAGUGCCCUCCCAUUUUAAAGCACAAAGCAGUGCUUCUACUAACACCAGAAUGUCUACGUGUUUCUGUAUAAAUUUCAAAAUUUGCUCCGUAGCUGUAGAGUUAGUUAGAGUGAUUCAUUAUUUCUAUGGUGCUCAGGUUUAUUCAGCUCAAACUUUUUAAUGUGGUCUGUGCUGGGAGGAGACACACAGUGUAAUCAGGUCACGUCACUGCAUGAGGAAAAUCCGCCCACGUUCAGGUUGAAGUCUAAAAGGUUUUCUAGUAACUGAUCAUGCCUUGAAUCAUUGUAUACAGGGCUCUAUGAUUAUGGCUAAAGUGAUAAUUCUGGUCACUCUGUAUUGUUAUGAUUUUUACUGUCAAUGGAUUGAGGAAGAAAAGUUACUGUAGUUUUGGCAUCUUUUAUCAAAAUCCUCACCAAUUUACACACAAUUCUAAAUGACACAGCUUCUGAGUAUCGAUAAUCUACCGUUUAUUUGGCUGUUACUCUUUAAGGAAACAAAAUUUGCAGCGUUUAAUAAUUAUUGGUUUUCCAGCCCUGCCAGUGUGCCCAUUUGAGUUUACAUGCUUUGGGUUUUAGUGGUCUGUUGUGCUUUCUUUUGUUCUGUUUUUUAAUUUUUUUAUUAGAUUUCUGAUCCUUCAGUCCUAUAAGCAGGAUUGGCUGUUGCAGUGCACCCACAUAGCCCACCUUACUGGCUGCAUGUGUCCAGACAUGGCAGAUCUGCAAAGAAGACACAUGGAGAAAUUUCAUCCUUUUGGGACAGUUAAUCAAUUUAUUCUCUUCAGAACUCUUCAGUACUUCUGCCUGUGAAAAUUACCACAAUAAAGACCCUGAAAGGGGCUGAUUACCUGUUGGGGGGAAAGGAUGUAUUCACUGGAGGUGACGUUGGGGUUCAGAAGAUUUCUGGGGCAUCUUUGUUUCUAUUUUGAUAUUUUUCUAAAGUGGCGUGUUCAACUUUUUAUAGCACAAUUUAAGGUAACUUUUGAAAGCAAUAUGUAAUACAUGCAAGUGAUACUGUAUCUUAAUCUAAAUCUUGCUUACUUAACACAAGUAAUUCAUCAUCAGGCAGCUCUCCCACAAUGGACAGAAAUGACAGGGGUUAUGUGGGUAAGGAUUUUCAAUCUGUUUAUUUAUGAUCAUGUAGGCAGUGUAUCAUAAAAUAAACUUUGUUGUUACCAGAUA